UGGCACCCAAUGUAUAUUUCGGGAACAGAUCAUACUGAGGGCGAGGGUUGUGAGCAUAUUUUCUCCACAUCUAAUGAGCUUGCCUGUAGCACAAGGCAUGCUAACUGUUUCCAUCACCACCGAGCCAUCGAGGAACAUUUUGCAAUUUGGGAUGCCAAUAAGUAUGCUGCACUUAGUACGUCAUGA